AUGGACUACCUCAGAGCUGCCGGCCAGAGCAUCAACAAUGCUGUCGCAGUCUCUCCUAUUGGCCGCAUAUAUCGUCUUGACGGGUCGGGUCACGAUAAGGAAAUUGAAAAUGCAAAAUUCUUGACCGAAGUCCGUGCUGGUAUCACGACUUUUUUCACUAUGGCUUAUAUCAUCUCUGUCAACGCAGUCAUACUAGCAGACUCUGGGGCGACCUGUGAAUGUAAUGACCCCUCUGGCAUGUGUCUAGAUCAAAACACAGAAUACAAUCUGUGUAAACUUGACAUCCAGCGCGAUCUUAUUACUGCUACAGCCGCCAUCUCAGCUUUAUCUUCUUUCAUGCUGGGCGCCCUCACUAAUCUUCCUGUAGCGCUCGCUCCUGGCAUGGGGCUGAACGCCUACUUUGCAUAUCAAGUCGUUGGCUUCCAUGGUACCGGCCCAGUCCCAUACCGUCUUGCUUUGGCUGCUGUCUUCAUCGAAGGUUUGAUCUUUGUAGCCCUUUCACUUCUUGGCAUGAGACAAUGGCUUGUGAGGCUUCUACCUCAUUCCCUCAAGAUUGCCAGUGCGUGUGGUAUCGGUCUAUUCCUCGCAGAGAUUGGCUUGAGCUACUCGGCUGGCAUUGGAGCUAUCACAGGCUCCAUCUCCACUCCCUUGGAUCUUGCGGGAUGCCCAGUGAGUGCACGGGAUCCAGUCACCGGAUUUUGCACUGGACAGAAGCUACGAAACCCUACGCUCUGGAUUGGAAUCUUCUGUGGCGGCAUACUAACUGCGUACUUGAUGGCUUACCGAGUCAAAAGUGCCAUUGUCAUUGGGAUCAUGGUCACCUCGAUUAUCUCGUGGCCACGGGGCACGUCAUUCACUUUUUUCCCCUAUACCGAGGCCGGAGAUGAAAUGUUCAACUUUUUCAAGCAGGUUGCUAGUUUCCGGCCGAUACAUCAGACUUUAAACGCUAUCGACUGGAACAUUGGAAGUAAACCAACACAAUUUGCUCUCGCUCUUUUCACGUUUCUUUAUGUUGAUAUCAUCGAUUGUACUGCUACUAUGUAUAGUAUGGCACGUAUCUCGGGUAGUCUCGAUAAGGAGACGGGUGAUUUCCCGCGAUCGACUAUCGCCUACUCCGUCGACGCAAUUUCUAUAUCUAUAGGAGCUCUCCUUGGCACGUCACCUGUGACGGCUUAUAUCGAGUCUGGCGCCGGAAUCGCAGAGGGCGGCAGAACUGGUCUUACAGCCAUGACGACGGGGCUAUGUUUCUUAGUUUCUGUUUUCUUCGCUCCUAUCUUUGCUUCUAUUCCUCCAUGGGCUACGGGAUGUACAUUGAUCAUCGUUGGUGCCACCAUGAUGCGUCAAGUUACAUCUAUCAACUGGAACUACAUUGGGGAUGUCAUUCCAGCAUUCGUUACGCUGAUGUUCAUUCCUUUCAGCUACUCCGUGGCCUAUGGUGUUAUCGCUGGUAUCAUGACCUACGCCACUCUAAACAGUCUGAUUUGGUUCACUGCGCUUAUCACUGGCGAUCGCAUAGUGCCACGUGACGAGGACCAAAAGGAAUAUUGGACCUGGAAACCAAAGGGUAAUUUGCCUUUCAUUUUCAGGCUGGCUAAGAAGGCGAAGAACCAGGCCACGGGUAAGCAAGAUUCGCGUCGUUCUGCAUCUAGCAGCUCUUCAUCGCAAGAAGAUCUCGCGCGAGUCAACUCGUGGAAGGAAGAUGGUCAUGUUAUUGAGAUGCAUGUAAAGGGUCCUUCACGCGGGCCACAGGCAUAA